UUGACAAUAUAUAACAUGAAGAAAUAAUAAUGCAUUACGCUACCAAUUUGUUUAUUAUAACAAUAUGCAUCUUUUUAAUAUAUAUUAUUGUGUGUGUGUGUGUGUGUGUGUGUGUGUUGUCACAAAUAUUUCAGAUCUCUAUGUUACAAAAUCGUGUUUGUAAAUUACAAAACCAAAUUGAUAGUUUGCUAUAUAAAUUGAAUAGCGCUUGUGACAUUAUGAGGAGUAUGCAACAAAAAUUGAGAGAUAGAGACAGACAGCUCAAACAACAUGCCAUAAAUAAACAAAGAAUAUUACAGAGAUGCAAUGCAAAGAUACAGAGAGAAACUGACAGAAUGAUCAAUGAAUCGGAUAUGAAAUUGUAUGAACAGCAUAAACGAUUAAUGAGCUAUAUCAGAAAGAAGGAUGACAAAUUAAAAUUGGUGAAACAAAUAUUGACGUCCACUGACAAAAAUAUGUCAGAUACUAAUGCUGUAUUAAUGGCACCGAUAGCUUCAAAUACGACAACAAAGAUGAACGCGGAGGAAUCAAUCCCGAUUAUGUCCAAAGAAGAACCUGUCAUGGUAAUAUCCACUGAUUCUCAAGUUGCCAAAAAUCAUCACAGCCAACAGACAUUGCCUUUUCAUACAAGAAUCAAUCUCAAUGAUAUUCAGGGAAAAAUCGCGAAAGAAUCAAUCCCGGUGACAUCCAAGGAAGAACCUUCGAAUUCGCAAACUGAGAUCGCGGAAUCCGGAUCAAUCCGACCUACGAGCACUGAUUCUGCUCUCUCUUCACAUUCUGCCACAAUUGCAUUAGCUGAAAUUGCAACUAUUAACAAAUUCAAAUCAGAUAUAAAAAUAAAGAUUCCAGUAGUGAAUCCGAGAUAUCAGCGAUCGCAAAACGAUAAAUGGAUAAAUCAUCGUUCCAUUGGAAUGGUUCCAACUGGUACAAUCUUCCAGCCACAAAUACAUCAUAAACGAAUUAUCCGGAAGUUGACGGAUCCAAACAACUUUGCAGUCAAAUCUGCCAAAUAUUGCCUUUAUGCGCAAGAACAAGACACAGAUGGCGAACUCGAAACCAAAUUGUAUAAGGCUGAUAUAUUGCCAACGUGCGGAGGAGGAGCACAGAUUGUAUUUAACGAUAUAGAAUGUUUAAAGCAGAUAUCUCCAACUGCAGCAAAACGACGUAAUGGACAGAAAACCUGGAAAACAGUUUAGCAUCUACAUAAGUCUUUUGUACAUUGUCAAAAGUUUCUCUAUCUACUACAGCUUAAUUUGUAAAACAGUCGCAGAGUCGACAAUACAUUAAUUGUCUGUUUCUUGUAAUGUUUCUAUGUAACAGAUAUACUUGAAAAAGUAUAAUUUCUUGUCUUUCACACACACAAGUAUACACAUACACACACUCUGAGUGAUACUUUGGAAUUUAUGCAACUAAUGUUCUUUCGGAGACAAAGGGCGAAAUAUUUUACAUAUUAGAAAUAACAAUUUAUUUUGUUUUAUUUUCAAGCCAUAGAAUAACAUUUGACGCUUUUGUUCCAAAUUACUCUUAUAAUACUAAUAUAAAAUGGAAGAUAAACUCUGUACGCGUCGAGAUGAUAAACUAAAGAAAACAAAAAAAAUUGCAAUAUUAUCUUACACAUAUAACAAAGGGUCUGUUCAUUAUAGAUGUGCAAAUACUUUGCAUACUGAUAAAAUUCAAUUUAUUUGAAUAUGAAUAGAAAUUUGCCAUUGUAUCUAAAGAAACAUGGUAGAUGGAUGUAAUUCUUUAUUCACUAGAAUGCAAUUGCAUCUAGAAAAAGUUUCAAUUGUUAAAACAAAUUUUAACUGCAUUAUCUUGGCAAUAUAAUAUAUUGACUGUCGUAAAAUUGAGAAUUAUAUAAAAAUCUAUAGUUUUCAAACCUAAACAUAUACUCCCUCCUCUUUUCAUCUAUCACACCUGCCAGUCUCAAUGUAUGAUAAAAGAUGUGAUAAAAUAUAUAAAAUUACAUUGGUUAUACUGAUACAUAAAGACAAUAUAUAAAUUUUACCAAAUAUCAUAAAUGUAUUAAUUAUUAGGGAAUUAGUCAUGUGCGCGUUAUAUAAUUGGCUCUAACAAACUUUAUACAAACAAACAAACAUACACACGCACACGCACACGCACACACACACACACACACACACACACACACACAUAUAUAUAUAUUUAUAUUAUAUUUUAUUUAAAAAUAUUGUCUUACGCAGCAAUGUUCAUUAUUUCUUUCAUCAUUUUUUUUUCAUAAUACAUAAAAUAAAUUGUUCAAUAAUUUUUUCCAAUUCUUAAUUUUUUUUUAAAUAAUAAAUUUACAAAUACAUACUAGAAAAUAUAAAACUAAAGAUUCAUGUAAAAUCUUUGAUAAACGAUAUUAUUGUGCAAGAGCAUUUAUGUGCUUGUGUAUUUUUGAAACAUUCGAAUGUAUUUCUAAAUAUUUUUUUGCAAAAUAUAAGUUAUGGUAUUGGCAAAUUAUCAGUUAUUCCAAUAUUGGAACCGACUUAUCCGAAUUAUCAAAGAGAGAUAUGUAUCGUGCGUAAUACCAUUUAUCGAAUCUUAAUUUUCUGGUAGAUAUAUUCUAUAAUGUAAUAAAAAUGUCUAUUUAGCAUCGAUUCGCGAUAAUCGAAACGUAUUUGACAAACUAUGUCUACAAAAUGCAACAUUUUAUUCAUAAUGAUUGUAUUGUAGAUGCAUAUAUGCACAAUACGUAUGUUGCAUGCGUGUGGUGUGUGUCACACACACGUAAUACAUUGCUCUCGGUAUUACACAAAGUAUAUAUAUCUCUAUUGAUUACAACUUUAGUGAAACAGCAGACAGUCAUAACUUCGAGCUAUCAAAAUUACAUUUUACUAGAUAAAAUGAUUAAAAACCCGGGCAGUUCUAUAAUUGGCAAGCGGCAUAGUGCCCAAGGUUUAUUGCAACAUUAACAUCGAACUAGAUAUUUUUUUAUUUGUUAUAUGAUUGGUUAAUCAAUCGGCCAAAAAACAAAUUGUUAAUAAAUUUUUAAGAGAUAUAACUAUCAAUAGAGAAAGACUUGAAACUUUUUAGUCUAUAGACUGCUUGUCCCAAUUUAUAUUUUAAUGCAAUUGUCCCAAUUUAUAUUUUAAUGCAAUUAAUUUUCCAUCAAAUUCAAUUCACUAAACAAUUCAAAAUCAUUGGAUAAUGUGUCUUUUAUUGUUUUAAUCAUGUGCGACGCGUGAACAGGGAAUAGACAAAAGAGGAGGCGUUGUUAUUUAUUUUGUGAUGCAAAUUCCUUGUGCAAUUAUAAUUACGUGUAUGUAUAAUAAUGCUAUGCACGAUUAAACAUUUUAUAUUUUAGUAAAGAUGUAAAAGAGAAAUUUCAAGCGCAAAAUUUGAGAAAUCGAUCAAGACAACUGACUGGUAGAAAGACUGACUAAAGACAGUAAUAAUCAAUCGAGGUAAUAAGAAUCUCAUUGGUUGUAGAAUAACAAUAAACAAUUCCGAUAGAAAUAUAGUGUAUCCGCGAAACACGUUUGCUUAAAGAUGCUUGCAAAAUAAACAUUUGUUACGACGCGCUUCUGUUUGAUCGUGUAUGAAUCGCGAAUGAAAGCACUACUCAAGAUGAUGAUCGAUGUCAACAAGUAAAAAGGAGAACGGAGACUGCGAAGAUAAUCGAUCUCUACGACUCUCUCGUUAUGAUAAAUGACUUCACUCCAUCAUAGUAUACAUAAUAUCAUUGUAAUUUCAUUU